UAUUACAUACGAUUAUUCAAUAGUCCAAUCUUAAUUUUCAAAAAAUUAGUAUAAGUCUGUGGCGGUUGGUACCCAACCGGUGCCGCCAUCAUCUGGGCAUAAGCGAAGGCGCUGGUUGCGCCUUUGAUUUAAACAAUCGGCUUAGGGCGAAGGACGGAGUUAAUCCGCUUUAUCCAGAAGAUACAGUCGAGUUAGCACCAGUUGCUGUGUUCCGGCUACCGUUUCUCUGAGCAAGUCCAGCUUGCUUGAGCCGGGUGUGGCAGCGCGCCAUCCGACACCUUCAAGUCGUCGGGCGUUCAACGCUCUCGCUGUAACCUUUGCGCUAAUAAAAGCCCGUUCUUCGACAUUCGCUUUAAGACGUUUUCUCUCUCCUCUGUCCUUGGUGCCUGCGAGCCUGGCCACACUCCAGAGUGGGCCAAAAGUCUAGAAAUCGGAUACAAAGCUUUUAAUUUUAAAUCUGGCGCUAAAUCUGUAGAUUUUUAAAAGAGCCUAUCCGUUUGCAGAGCGUAAUAAUAGAUAAUGAAAGACUCGGACCAAUCGCCAGCCGCCAGCUGGGAGAUUGAGGAGCAUCUGACAACCAAAUCAACGUGUAUAAAGUGAAUGUAUAUAGUAUAUAGUUGACGAGUAGAGUAAGCGGCAUAGACAUAUUUCGGAGACAACAUUAACCGACGUAUAACGGCAUUUUAGUCUACAGUAAUUUUUUACAUUUUCCGUUUUUAAAAAGAUUUUGACAUAAGCCAAAAAUGAAGUUAGUAUACUUAUUGGGAAUAACAAUAUUGGUAGCUGUGAGUACAGUUGCAGCAUUAAAAGAAGGAGAUUGUGAAGUUUGCAUUGCAACUGUAAAGAAAUUUGCAAAUACAUUGGCUGAUGAUGUAAUCAAAGAUCCCAAGAAAAUAGAAGAAGCUUUUAAAAAAUUUUGUAAAGGAACAAAAUCUAAAGAAAAUCGAUUUUGUUACUACUUAGGAGGUCUUGAGGAAUCUGCUACUGGUAUAUUAGGAGAACUUAGUAAACCACUUUCAUGGUCUUUACCAGCUGAUAAAGUUUGUGAAAAGCUGAAAAAGAAAGAUGCUCAAAUUUGUGAAUUAAGAUUUGAAAAACAAAUCGACCUGAACACAGUGGAUUUGAAGAAAUUGAAAGUUAGAGAUUUGAAGAAAAUACUAAAUGAUUGGGAUGAAACUUGUGAUGGUUGUAUUGAAAAAUCUGAUUUUAUUAGUAGAAUAGAAGAGUUAAAGCCUAAAUAUUCUCAAAGUUCGAAAUCAGAACUAUGAGCAUUGCCUUGAAGUUUAGAUGAAAUUAACUCAUUACAUUUAAAAAACCUUUUCAUUUAGAUCAUUUCAUGGUGUGAAGAAUAUUUGAAUUUUCUUCACCUAAUUUAUUGAACGGUAUUGGUUUUGCGCUCUACAAUUAUAAAUGAUUAAGCAUAUCCUGGUUUUACUAAGCUCACCAAAGUAAUUUUACAUCUCAGUUAAAAACCAGUGAUACUCAUAAUUGCCUCGAAUUGACAUUUGUUGAGCUUUGUCUGAUAGGAAUCUUCCAUUACUUUUAUAGGUAGUUAUUAAUUAUAUUUGGUUAUGAGAUAGUCUUAUUUAGAUCACCUGUCUCGAGGGAGAAAGAUUAAGUAUAUUGGAAGUUUCUGUUGCAUUUUGCCCGUGACUAAAUCUAUUUUUAUUUUUUAUUAAAGACUUUGGUUGGUAACUAUCCAAGAAGCUUAAUUAACAAAGCUUAUUAAUGAAAUUUAACAACAGAAAUGUCGUCAAAAAAUGAUUCGAAAUAAGUCUUCAAUCUUCUCUUUAAUGGGAUAGAUACAUUUAAGCAUGUGCAAAUGAUUAACUUCCUUAUAACUAUAGGCAUCUUAACAGACUUAUAUGUCUGUGAUAUGAAGACUACUCGUCUGAGAAAAAUUUACGUUUCAAACUAAUCAUAAAUAAUUUUGUAUUAAUUUACAUCACAUUGAAUAAUAACGAUUCGAUUAUGACAUUGACUUUCAAAUGUACUUAUGUAAAAAUUAUAUUUAUUACUGACCAAUGAGAGUUAUCUACAUUGACGUUGUAAAAAGUUCGACCAAACAUUUUUAACAUCUCGUAAUAUCCUUAAAUAAAUAUUUGACAGUUGUACAUUUUUGCAUCUGCGUCAUGAUUGUGACAACAAAGUAAUGACAAAAAUAUCACAUGAAAACUGUAAAGUAAAUGUUGAUGCAAUAAGUGUGUGUGUUUGUG